AUGGGGUUGCAAGAGAUGGCGAAGCUGCAGCUGCACCGCCAUGGCGGCAUGCGAGUGGAAGCCCACGCCCCCGUCGACGACGACCAGGCGGCGGUCCGCGGGAGGAGGAAGAAGGCGACGGCGGCAGCGGUCUGGAUUGCAGUGCCGCUCAGGCCCGUCAAGGUCGGCCGCCGAAGACACGGCGGCGGCGACAGCAGCGGCGAGGCAGGGGAGGUGGAGGAGAAGGAAGUGGAAGAGGAGGAGGAGGUGACGACGCCGAGAGGGGAAGGGUGCAGGAUACCCUGGGAGGCGGCGACGUGCCCGCCGGCGCCCAAGAAGGCGAGGACGGCGGUGGCGAUCUUCGCCGACCGCCGGUGCAACCGCGACGACGGGGAGGCGACAGAGUACUUCCGCGUGCCGGCGGACCUGGACUCCGUGUUCGCCGUCAGCCGGGUCGCCGAGGCCAACUGA